UGAUCACGCCGUGACGAAGCGGGACGAGGAAAAGCAAGAUGGCGUCUGAUCGAUAAUACGCUUUUGUGUUUAGUUUUGUGUGUUCUUAAUCAGGGCGUACAUGCACAAAUAAUUGUUGUUUGACAGCGUGAACAUCGUAAAUAAUUGUUUGUAUUGGGACACACUUGUCUGGGGCCUUGGCGCACUUUGCUGCUUCUCUUGCUAGCGUAGUUUAGCUUGUUAGCUUAGCUUGUUAGCUGCUAACAAAGAGACGCAAAAGUGAUCAACACGUCGCUAAGCAGAGAACAAGUUUAAGUGUAAAGUGUUGGGAUUGUGUGAAAAUGUGCGAAAGAACGACAGCAGAGUACGAGGAGGAACUUUCACCAACAAAAGAGGAGAAGGAGCGACAACAUCAACUACUGGACGCUGUUUUCAAGAAAGUUGUGUCACACAGAACAGACUUGCAGCAGCCUCUUCAUAUUAAAGAGGACGACCCACUCCCCCCUCAUGUGAAAGAGAAAGAGGAGGACCCACAGCCCCCCCGCAUUAAAGAGGAAGAGGAGGAGCUCUGGAUCACUCAGGAGGAAGAGUGUCUUCUCGGGCAGGAGGAGGCUGAUCUCACCAAGUUUCCACUGACUGUUGUCUCGGUGAAGACGGAAGACCAUGAAGAGAAACCACCUGAGUGCUCACAGCUUCAUCACAGUCAAACGGUCGUGAGAAAUAUUACUCUGGGCAGCGGGACUGGACCUCCAGGACGGGGCAGGAGGAUUCACAGCCCCCCCACAGUGACAAAGGAACAUGGGGAGCCACAGGAGGAUAAAGAGGAGUUCCCAUUAACUGUUCUCAUUGUAAAGAAUGAAGAUAAGGAAAGUGAAAGUGAGGAGAAGAGAGAGGCGGAGCCUCCGAGCAGAAGCUCAACUCAACACAUGACAACAGAAGCCGAUGAGGACCACUGUGGAGGAUCACCAGCAGACAAGCUCUUAGCUCCUCUGUCAGAUAGCGACGAGACGACGUCUCACUCUCCUGACACUGAUGAUGAAGACUUAAACGCUGACAAGGCACGCAUGAAAUGUUAUUACUGCGACAAAACCUUUAGUCACCGUCGUAAUCUGAAAAAACACACCAGAAUACACACCGGAUACAAACCCUAUUCCUGUUCAAUCUGCGGCAAAGACUUCACUCAAAGGCAACAUUUGAAAACGCACAAGAGAACGCACACCGGAGAGAAACCAUUCAUGUGCUCGGUUUGCUGCAAAAGAUUCUCUCUGAAAGAAAAUCUGAAAACACACACGAGGAUACACACCGGCGAAAAACGCUUUUCGUGUCCGUUCUGCGGCAAAGCUUUUAUACAAAACAGCGAUUUGAAAAUACACACGAGGAUACACACCGGCGAAAAACCCUAUUCUUGUCCGAGCUGCGACAAAGGCUUUGCCGACCGAUCGACACUGGUGAGGCACAUGAGAACACACACUGAGAAAGCGUUGAGUUGCAGCGUGUGCAGUAAACGAUUCUCUCGGAGGGAAAACUUGACCGUGCACGCCAGAAGACACACCGGUGAAAAACCAUAUCCCUGCCCAAGCUGCGACAAAAGCUUCGCCGGGCGAUCGACGCUUAAUAAACACACCAGGACGCACACGGGAGAGAAAGUGUUGAGUUGCAGCGUGUGUGAUGAACGAUUCUCUUAUAAGUACCAGUGUCAGAAACACAAGUGUGCUGGUCAGACAAACAGCAGCAAAUGAAGCUGAAAAUCAGCACAUACAAACCCCGUUUCCAUAUGCGUUGGGAAAUUGUGUUAGAUGUAAAUAUAAACAGAAUACAAUGAUUUGCAAAUCCUUUUCAACCCAUAUUCAGUUGAAUAUGCUACAAAGACAACAUAUUUGAUGUUCAAACUCAAACUUUAUUUUUUUUUUUGCAAAUAAUAAUUAACUUUGAAUUUCAUGGCUGAAACACGUGCCAAAGUAGUUGGGAAAGGGCAUGUUCACCACUGUGUUACAUCACCUUUUCUUUUAACAACACUCAAUAAACGUUUGGGAACUGAGGAAACUAAUUGUUGAAGCUUUGAAUUCUUUCCCUUUCUUGUUUUAUGUAGAGCUUCAGUCCUUCAACAGUCCGGGGUCUCCGCUGUCGUAUUUUACGCUUCAUAAUGCGCCACACAUUUUCCAUGGGAGACAGUUCUGGACUGCAGGUGGGCCAGGAAAGUACCCGCACUCUUUUUUUUCCGAAGCCACGCUGUUGUAACACGUGCUGAAUGUGGCUUGGCAUUGUCUUGCUAAAAUAAGCAGGGGCGUCCAUGAAAAAGAUGGCAGCAUAUGUUGUUCCAAAACCUGUAUGUACUUUUCAGCAUUAAUGGUGCCUUCACAGAUGUGUAAGUUACCCAUGCCUUGGGCACUAAUGCACCCCCAUACCAUCACACAUGCUGGCUUUUACACUUUGCGUGGAUAACAGUCUGGAUGGUUCGCUUCCCCUUUGGUCCGGAUGACACGAUGUCGAAUAUUUCCAAAAACAAUUUGAAAUGUGGAUUCGUCAGAUCACAGAACACUUUUCCACUUUGCAUCAGUCCAUCUUAGAUGAUCUCGGGCCCAGAGAAGCUGGCAGCGUUUCCGGAUGUUGUUGAUAAAUGGCUUUUUCUUUGCAUAGUAGAGCUUUAACUUGCACUUACAGAUGUAGUGACCAACUGUAUUUUGUGACAGUGGUUUUAUGAAGUAUUCCUGAGCCCAUGUGGUGAUAUCCUUUAGAGAUUGACGUGGGUUUUUGACACAGAUGGAAGGUCACGGUCAUUCAAUGUUGGUUUCCGGCCAUGCCGCUUACGUGGAGUGAUUUCUCCAGAUUCUCUGAACCUUUUGAUGAUAUUAUGGAGCGUAGAUGUUGAAAUCCCUAAAUUUCUUGCAAUGUCACUUUGAGAAAGGUUGUUCUUAAACUGUUUGACUAUUUGCUCACGCAGUUGUGGACAAAGGGGUGUACCUCGCCCCAUCCUUUCUUGUGAAAGACUGAGCAUUUUUUUGGGGAAGCUGUUUUUAUAGCCAAUCAUGGCACCCACCUGUUCCCAAUUAGCCUGCACACCUGUGGGAUGUUCCAAAUCAGUGUUUGAUGAGCAUUCCUCAUAUUUAUCAGUGUUUAUUGCCACCUUUUCCCAACUUCUUGCUGGCAUCAAACUCUAAAGUUAAUGAUUAUUUGCACAAAAAAAAAUGUUUAUGAGUUUGAACAUCAAAUAUGUUGUCUUUGUAGCAUAUUCAACUGAAUAUGGCUUGAAAAGGAUUUGCAAAUCAUUGUAUUCUGUUUAUAUUUACAUCUAACACAAUUUCUUCACCCACAUGGAAACAGGGUUUGUAAAAAUAAAGACAUUGUUAUCUUUGUUUAGAAAUAGAACAAGCCCAUUCUGAAAUUGUACAAAUCAUAAUGUUUUUUAUUUACACUUACAUCUUGCGGUUAAUAGUAUUUUAUCUUUAUUUGUUGAUAUUUGGUGAUUUAACCCCCAAUUCCAAGCCUUGAUGCUGAGUGCCAAGCAGGGAGGUAAUGGCUCCCAUUUUUAUGGUCUUUGGUAUGACUCGGCCGGGGUUUGAACUCACAACCUACCCAUCUCAGGACAGACACUCUAACCACUUUCUGAAUAAAUGAUCAUCAGUGUUAAUUUUCAAUCUAUCAAGAAAAAAUAUAUAUCAAAAUCAAAUUACAGGAUGUUGUUUAUGUAGUUAGCUCAUUUCCCCCCACUGAUAUACUAACAUGUGGUUUAUUUUGUACAUAUGUAGCAUCAUCUACAAAUAUACAAAUAUUUGCUAUUGCGACAUCUAGUGGACACAUUUAGAACAGCAGUUUCUGUCAUUCAAAAAUCUCAGGUUAAAUGUUUAUACUUUGCAAAGUCUUCCCUUGGGUCGCAAGUUUGAAACCCCUGGCAUAGAUGAACUCCUUUAUAAAAUAUAAAUAUAUCAUGUUUUACAUUUCUUCAUACCUUUGGCUUGGAGUACAAAUACAUCCCUUUAAGUUCACAUCUUUCGGACCACUUCUGGAAGCAUAUCAUUAUUUACUCUAAACCAGAGGUCGGCAACCUUUAGCACUCAAAGCCAUUUUGACCUGUUUCACAAAAUAAAAAAACCAAUGGGAGCCACAUAACUCUUUUGAAAUUUAAAAUGAAAUAACACAACGUACAAAGUUGUUUUUUUUGCUUUGUGCUAUCUAUAAACCAGGGGUCUCAGACACGCGGCCCGCACCUUAAUAUAAACAUGUAAUAUUAGUGCGGCCUGCGAGUUUUAUUUGAAUUCCACUUGACAACAUCACAUUUGCCAACCAUCUCAAGUUUUCCAGGAGACUACCGAGUCUCAGAGCAACCUUUCUCUCGACUGUCUGCUGGUUUUCACCCAAACAACAAUAAUAAGGCCGUGCUAUGACGACAAUGCGUUUAGCGCCCUCUACAACCGUAACAAACAGCUUACCAGCCCGUUCACAUGUUGUAUGAGACUUCUGCAGACACACAUAAGCGACUGCAAAGCAUACUUGGUCAACAGCCAUACAGGUUACACUGAGGGUUGUGAUAUAAACAACUUUAGCACUCUUGCUAAUAUGCGCCACACUGUGAAACCACCAAACAAAAAACCCCGCCCACCUCAACCGAUGCGCGGAGUGGGGGGGAAGGGGGUGUAUAAUGUAGCCCGGAAGAGUUAGGGAUGCAUGGGAUUCUGGGUAUUUGUUCUGUUGUAUUUAUGUAGUGUUACAGUGCGGAUGUUCUCCCGAAAUAUGUUUGUCAUUCUUGUGUGGUGUGGGUUCACAGUGUGGCGCAUAUUUGUAGUGAAGUGAAUUAUAUUUAUAUAGCGCUUUUCUCUAGUGACUCAAAGCGCUUUACAUAGUGAAACCCAAUAUCUAAGUUACAUUCAAACCAGUGUGGGUGGCACUGGGAGCAGGUGGGUAAAGUGCCUUGCCCAAGGACACAACGGCAGUGACUAGGAUGGCGGAAGCGGGAAUCGAACCUGCAACCCUCAAGUUGCUGGCACGGCCAGUCUACCAACCGAGCUAUACCGCAAGUAAGAGUGUUAAAGUUGUUUAUAUCACAACCCUCAGUGUAACCUGUAUGGCUGUUGAACAAGUAUGCCUUGCAGUCGUUUGAGCGUUGAUGGCGGGCCGGCACUCAGAUAGCAUAGUAUUAAAGCGGACUCGACGACAUGGUCGAGAGGACGUUUAAGACAUUGCCAUCACGGCACGCCUUCUAUAGUGAAGAUCUGAGAAUGUCAGCAUGGGAAAAUUUCUGGGCGAGGCAUUGAAAUCCGGAAAAGCUCCCGUAAAAAUGGGGCGGUCGGUAAGUAUGCUGCUGGGCCACAUCCGAGUGAUCCAAGAGUCGCAUGCGGCUCCGGAGCCACGGGUUGCCGACCCCCUGAUCUACAUCAUUUAAAGGGGAACAUUAUCACAAUUUCAAAAGGGUUAAAAACAAUAAAACUCAGUUCCCAGUGGCUUGUUGUAUUUUUUGAAGUUUUUUUCAAAAUUUUACCGGUCUCCGAAUAUCCCCUAAAAAAAGCUUUAAAGUGCUUGAUUUUCGGCUCUCUGCAAAGACACUGGCCAUUUCCCUGUGACGUCACACAGUGCUGCCAAUGUAAACAAACAAUGGGAAUACCACAGCAAGAUAUAGCGACAUUAGCUCGGAUUCAAACUUGGAUUUCAGCAAUUUAAGCGAUUCAACAGAUUACGCAUGUAUUGAAACAGAUGGUUGGAGUAUGAAAGUAUUGAAGAAGAAACUGAAGCUAUUGAGCGAAUAGCUAUUGACGCUAUUCAUAGCCAUAGCAUGGCCGAAUAGCUGCGUUAGCAUCGCCGGUAAAAUGUGCGGACCAAACGAUCAGGACUUUCGCAUCUUGUGACACGGGAGCAACUUAAAUCCGUCGAUUGGUAAGUGUUUUUUUUCCACAUCUGCAGGUUAUCCAUACAUCUCUGUGCCAUGUCUGCUUUAGCACCGCCGGUAAAUAGCAUGUUAGCAUCGAUUAGCUGGCAGUCAACAUCAACAAAACUCACCUUUGUGAUUUCUGUGACUUUAUCGUUGCAAAUGCAUUUGCAGGUUAUCCAUACAUCUCUGUGCCAUGUCUGUCUUAGCACCGCCGAUAAAUAGCAUGUUUGCGUCGAUUAGCGUAGCAUGUUAGCAUCGAUUAGCUGGCAGUCACGCCGCGACCAAAUAUGUCUGAUUAACACAUAAGUCAACAUCAACAAAACUCACCUUUGUGAUUUCGUUGACUUUAUCAUUGGAAAUGCAUCUACAGGUUAUCCAUACAUCUCUGUGCCAUGUCUGCUUUAGCACCGCCGGUAAAUAGCAUGUUAGCGUCGAUUAGCGUAGCAUGUUAGCAUCGAUUAUCUGGCAGUCAACAUCAACAAAACUCACCUUUGUGAUUUCUGUGACUUUAUCGUCGCAAAUGCAUCUGCAGGUUAUCCAUACAUCUCUGUGCCAUGUCUGCUUUGGCACCGCCGGUAAAUAGCAUGUUAGCGUCGAUUAGCUGGCAGUCACGCCGCGACCAAAUAUGUCUGAUUAGCACAUAAGUCAACAUCAACAAAACUCACCUUUGUGAUUUCGUUGACUUUAUCAUUGCAAAUGCAUCUGCAGGUUAUCCAUACAUCUCUGUGCCAUGUCUGCUUUAGCAUUGCCGGUAAAUAGCAUGUUAGCGUAGCAUGUUAGCAUCGAUUAGCUGGCAGUCACGCCGCGACCAAAUAUGUCUGAUUAGCACAUAAGUCAACAACAUCAACAAAACUCACCUUUGUGAUUUCGUUGACUUUAUCGUUGCAAAUGCAUCUGCAGGUUAUCCAUACAUCUCUGUGCCAUGUCUGCUUUAGCACCACCGGUAAAUAGCAUGUUAGCAUCAAUUAGCUGGCAGUCAACAUCAACAAAACUCACCUUUGUGAUUUCGUUGACUUUAUCGUUGCAAAUGCAUCUGCAGGUUAUCCAUACAUCUCUGUGCCAUGUCUGCUUUAGCACCGCCGGUCAAUAGCAUGUUAGCGUCGAUUAGCGUAGCAUGUUAGCAUCGAUUAGCUGGCAGUCACGCCGCGACCAAAUAUGUCUGAUUAGCACAUAAGUCAACAUCAACAAAACUCACCUUUGUGAUUUAGUUGACUAGUUGCAAAUGCUUAGCAUCGCCGGUCAAAUGUGGAGACACUCUGGCACAUUCAAUGGGGGUCUGGCGGCAGACACUUUGGCAUCUUGGGGCCAGUGGUGCAACUUGAAUCCCUCCCUGUUAGUGUUGUUACACCCUCCGACAACACACCGACGAGGCAUGAUGUCUCCAAGGUUCCAAAAAAUAGUCAAAAAAACGGAAAAUAACAGAGCUGAGACCCGGUGUUUGUAAUGUGAAAAUGAAAAUGGCGGGUGUGUUACCUCGGCGACGUCACAUUAUGACGUCAUCGCUAAAAGACGAUAAACAGAAAGGCGUUUAAUUUGCCAAAAUUCACCCAUUUAAAAAAAUAGAUGGUCUUUUUUCUGCACCAUCAAGGUAUAUAUUGACGCUUGCAUAGGUCUGCUGAUAAUGUUCCCCUUUAAGUUGUUUUAAACAAGAUAAUUUGCUUUUUAAAAUGUGUUAUAUUCUAUUAUUUGUCCCUAUGGUAACAUGAUUAUUGCUUAUGUGAGUGUUGUGUAUGUAUGACAUAUCUAUGCAGUCAGCAAUGUAUGCUUCAACUAAAUUUGCUUUAAUAAAUCUGCUGAAUAUUUGGUAAAUAUGUAUUUGGUUCCAGUGUUCAUUUUGACAGCAGGUUUUUGGUCCGUAGUCUUCUGAUGGAAAUGUAUUUUAGUUAUCUAAAUUUAGUGUGAGUCUAAUUUCACAUUUUACUCUGUCGAACAAAAUAUAAAUAUUACAAUAAAGCACAUAUUCACAGUUUUUCUUCAUUUUUUAAAGCACCUUCAUUUUUGCUACCUGCAAACACAAAAGUCGCAUGAACUCAUGGUCAGGAAUGAUGUAAAUAUACAUUGUUUUUUGCUCCAUGUGUCCAUGUCGAUAAAUAUCUUUCAGGCUUGUUUUUUCAUUUUUGUAUACAAAACCCAAAACCAGUGAAGUUGUCAUGUUGUGUAAAUGUUAAAUAAAAAUGGAAUAUAAUGAUUUGCAAAUCCUUUUUCAACGUAUAUUCGAUUGAAUAGACUGCAAAGACAAGAUAUUUCAUGUUCCAACUGGAAAACUUUAUUAUUUUUGCAAAUAUUAGCUCAUUUGGGAUUUGAUGCCUGCAACGUUUCAAAAAAGCUGGCACAAGUGGCCAAAAAGACUGAGAGAAGUUUAGGCAUGCUCGUCAAAGACUUAUUGGGAACAGGCGGGUGCCAUGAUUGGGUAUAAAAGCAGCUUCAAUGAAAAGCUCCCUCAUUCACAAACGAGGACGGGGCGAGGGUCAUCACUUUGUCAACAAAUGCCUGAGCAAAUUCUUUAAGAACAACAUUUCUCAACCAGCUAUUGCAAGGAAAUUAGGGAUUUCACCAUCUACGCUCCGUAAUAUCUUUAAAAGGUUCAGAAAAUGUGGAGAAAUCACUGCACGUAAGCCAUGACAUUACAUACCUUCGAUCCCUCAGGCGGUACUGCAUCAAAAAGCAACAUCGGUGUGUAAAGGACAUCACCACAUGGGCUCAGGAACACUUUAGAAAACCACUGUCAGUAACUACAGUUUGUCGCUAUAUAUGUAAGUGCAAGUUAAAACUCUACUUUGCAAAGCGAAAGCCAUAGGAGGUAGCGGGGAGGUUUAUAUUGUAGGGUCCCGGAAGAGUUAGUGCUGCAAGGGGUUCCUGGUAUUUGUUCUGUUGUGUUACAGCGCGGAUGUUCUCCUGAAAUGUGUUUGUCAUUCUCGUUUGGUGUGGGUCCACAGUGUGGCGCAUAUUAAAGUUAUUCAAACGGGCACCCUCAGUGUGACCUGUAGGGCUGUUGACCAAGUAUGCCGUGCAUUUACUCAGACGUAGAUAUUAUGUGAGUGGGUCGGCACGCAAAGGCAGUUAUCGGCGCUCUGUACUUCUCUCUACGUCCGUGUCGUGUACCACUCCAUACAGCGGCGUUUUAAAAAGUCAUACAUUUUACUUUUUUGAAACCGAUACCGAUAAUUUCAGAUAUCACAUUUUCACAUAUCAACAGUAGGACAUUUAAAUAUUUAAUUUGACGUUUUGUUUUUGAUUUGUUUUGAUGUGGUCAUGGUUUGACAUCACUGUUAAAAAUACAUAUUGUUCUAUUUCAGUGAAUAUUUUAUUACACAAUUUUUGGUGACACUUUAGUAUGGUGAUCACAUAUUCACCAUUAAUUACUUGCUUAUAAACAUGUAAAUUAGUAACAUAUUGGCUCUUAAUUAGUCAUUAUUAAGUACUUAUUAAUGACUUAUUCUGCAUGGUCUUAUUAUACGAGCAGUAGGCUAUUAAUUAGGUCUUCCCUCAAUAACCUCAGAAUUAUUGAUUAUUAGUAACUCUAACCCUAAUAUGUUCCCCUAGUGUCCAAAUAACUCUAAAUUAAGUCUUUGUCACUUUAAUAAGCAACUAAUUAAUGCUGAAUAUGUUCCCCAUACUAAAGUGUUACCCAAUUUUUUAAGUAUUUUAUUAGUAGAUUUUUUUUUUAAACUAAAAUGUAAAAGUUGCAAUAAUUUGACCUCAAAAUGUAGUGUAUAUUGCGGUAAAUGGAAAAACCCUACUGCUGUUUUUAUGAUUUAAAAACAGCUAAGUUGCCAUAAUUUUACUGUAAAAAAAAUGCAAUUUUACACUAAAAUUCUGGCACCUGAGCUGCAAGUUUUUUUUGUUUUUUUUUACCGUAUAUAAACAACUACAGAUUUUUUUGGGUGUAUUACUGUAGAUGCCAAAAUGGCACCACAGUUUAUUACAGUAAACAUUUUUUUUUUUUUUUUUCAAUUUAUGGAAAAAUGCUCUAAAAAUCUCAGUAAAUUUCACAAUUUGACUAUGGAAAUCUAUUGCUACUUUUCCAUUGUACACUUUGAUGGAUAACUUGCUUUGAAAUCAUUAUUACUAGUAUUUAUUUCUAUUUUUUUUUAAAUGGUUUGAAUGUUGCCCUGCGAUGAGAUGGCGACUUGUCCAGGGUGUACCGCACCUUCCGCCCGAUUGUAGCCCCCCGCGACCCCAUGUCAUGUUUAUGUGAUCAUGUUUUGUUUUAGUCAUGUUGUAUUUGUUUUUUGGCCACUCAGUUCCUUGUUUUUGCACUUCCUGGUUUGUUUUGUCACCAUGACUACCCAUUAGUUUUCACCUGACCUCAUGUCUCACACCUGUUUUCACUAAUCACCACAAUAUUAUUUAAGCCUGUCUGUUUCUGUUCUUCGUCCUGGCAACAUCACCUCUUUUACACGGUCUAUCUACCUCUGCUACCCAUGAGAUUCCUGUUUAUUGUAGUUCAUGCUUCAUGCCAUGCCACAGUACGUGUUUUUGUUUCGUGUUCAUAGUUAAUUGCCUUUGUGCUAGUCUUUUGUUUUUCAUUAGUCAAGUUUGUUCUCCGCCAUUGUGCGCGCCUUUUGUUUGCUUUCUUUUUUUGUAGUUUGUUAAUGUUAAAAUAAAGUGUGUAUUUACAUUCACGUCUUGCCGUGCCAACUUUCCUUUGCCUUAGGAAAACAAUCCACGCCCAAGUCCUAGUCGUGACACCCCAAAGGGAAUAAGCGGUAGAAAAUGGAUGGAUGGGUUUGAAUGUUUGAUAGCAUAUUUUUGCAUAAUUACACAAUAUUUAAGUUAACUUCAUUUGGCGAUUACAUGGAGUACAUAUAUUUUUUUAAAGAAAGAAUACAUUUUGUAAGAAUGGUUACAGUACUUUAUUGACACAUAUCAUGUGCAGGGUUUCCAGGGCCAAAUAAAAUGUGUGGCUGGCCGGGCCUUGAGUUUGACUCCUGUGUUCAAGAAGAACCGCUCCAGAAAAAUCCAGACAAAAAUCCUUGCCGCCAUUAAUGAGAAGAAUAAAGGAGAUUAAUUUCACAUUUGUGGCUACGAAAAAACGCGGGUUUGUCUCUGUGCGAUACAGAAAAUGACUAUAUGGUGAUAUUGGAGUAUACCUUCUCACGCAGUUGCUUUUAGCUGCGGGCAUUACACUACAGGCUCUUCUCGCUCAUUCUUGUCUCUCCUUCUCACAGAGACUUAAAACAAGUUCACCUUCUUACAUACUUUAACGUGUGCAACGUCGCACGCUCCCGCAAAGCAGACAGGUAGCGGCAUGGUAACGUUAGCUGAGAUGCUAACGGUGGUAAUACGAGAGAAAGAAGGUGGUAACAAAAGGAGGAAGAAUUCAUUCCCAAGAAAAACAGCAGGGGGUCCAUCGUCCGGCGGCGGUUUGGCUCCAAGUGGGAAUAUGUUCAACAUUUAUGCGGCAAAAGCGUUGCUACAAAAAGUAGCAGCACUGCUAAUACGUAGCGUCAUUUGAAAAGUCACCCGCUAGAUCAGGGGUCGGGAACCUUUUUGGCUGAGAGAGCCAUGAAAGUCAAAUAUUUCAAAAAUGUAUUUCCGUGAGAGCCAUAUCAUAUUUUUUAACACUGAAUACAACUAAUUUUUAAGUAAGACCAACAUUUUUAGAGUAUAAUAAGUCUCUUAUUCUUUUUAAUAACAUUGUUAUUUUGAAGCUAACCAAUAAUAAAUCAAACGUCAUGUCUGUUGAUCAUGUUUUUGUUUGGCUAUGUGCUGUUUGUCCUUUGGACUCUUUAAGUUCCUGUUUUUUUCCCACUCCCUUGUCUGGUUUCCUUGGUGACUCAUUAUGUCCACCUGUCUCUGGUGGACAAAAUGCCCGCUCACCUGCUUCCCGAGCACUAAUCAGAGGCAGUAUUUAAGCUCGUCUUUGCCAGUCAGUCGCCCUGGCGUCAAUGUGAUCUUUUCUUACUCUGUCCUGACUUGUUUCAUGCCUUGCCAUAGUUUUGUGCUUCAUGCCAUGCCAAGUAAGUUUUGUUUGAUUUAUGUUCAUAGUCUGUUUUUGCGUUAGCUUUGUUCCUUAGCUCAAGUUGUGCCUCCACUGUGAGCGAUUUUUGUUUGUAUCUUUUUUUUUGGUUUAAAUUAAAUCAUGUUUUUACCUAAAUGCCAUGUCCCGAGUAGUCCGUCAACCUUCCUGGGGGAACGACGCCCCCAUUGUGACAUAAAAUACUUCCUACCAUUAACGCGACUUCUUGAACAGGUGUGGUAGAAAAACGGACGGAUGGGUUUAAAUGCAUGAGAAUGUUUUAUAUUUUGCACGUUA